AUGGCUUCCGGCUACGGUACCUACGGAGGUGUUGGCCGCUGUUUUCCAUUCUGGCAGGAAUACAUGGCAUGCUAUGUCGUGAAUCAGAAUGACCAAGAGGCUCGGAAGCAGGGUGUAUGCGCGCCGCGGCUGGAAGACUAUUACGAGUGCCUCCACCAUAAGAAGGAGGUAAAGAGCCCCACGUUCAUCUUUAAUUCUGACACACGCUCAUGCCUGACCCAGCACGCCCGAGCUCAAGCCAUUCAAGACGCCCUACGGAAAGCCGAAGCCGCCCACCCCAGAGAAAACGCCCCAAAAGCAGGGCAAAUACGAAGUCUCGGGUUGAUUGGGAACGAAGAGGGUACGAAGCAGGUACUGAGCCAAUGA